AUAAUGCUUUUUGACUGAACGGCCUCCUGUCCCCCGGGUUCCCUACACCUGCGUGUGGGCGCAGGGAAAGCGUCUUUGGGCGCCCUGAAGGAGCAGUGGACACCGUCAGCACUCCACCACCCGCGUUAAGUAGCCUAUUACAGCACCCCAGCACGGCACAGCCAGCCAGCCAACCUGCUAGCCAUCUGCCCAGCAAGUAAGCCAGCCAGCACCCAUCCUGCUAGCAGCCCGUCUCACGCGCAUCGGCCCAGCCAUCACUAGGGUAGGAGGGCUCUGAGGCUGGCAGUCUAGCCCGGCCCGCUGGUGAGGAUACACGCGCGCUGGACGCCACCUGAGCCACCCUCGUUUUCUCCCUGCGAUCGGUACGCCUUCAGGAAUGGGAGCCCGGGAGUGCGGCGGCAGGCGGGACGCUGGGCCGGCCGGGGCCACCAGCCACCUGUAGUGAUCGCCAUGUGCUAGUUAACGAGUUGUGAGAUGAAUGAAAACGCUAAGUAAACACACAUCCACUACCGCUGCCGCCGCCCCCACCCUCCGCCUCUCCUCGCCCUGAAGUUCACUGUGCGUUGGAAAUCUGUGUUGCGGGUCACGGGACCGCCAUGACCCGCUGACUGUGGCGCGCGAGUGUUGUGGUGUGUUGUGCCGCCGCCGCCGCCGCUAUGGGGGGUCACUCACUGCCCCUCACGCUGCUGCUGCUGCUCGCCUCGCCGCCCUCGGCCCACUUCCUCGAGAUCAAGAAGAUCACGGCGGUGGAGGGCGGAGAGGCGGCGCUUCCCUGCGACUUCGACCACCCCCCGGAGGACACAGUGUUCCUCAUCCUCUGGUUCAACGGCAACCUCACCACGCCCAUUUACAACUAUGACCUACGGCCGGGGGCGGGGGGGAACCAUUGGGUGGAUGAGACGGUACUGGGGACGCGCGCCACCCUCGACGUGUCUGCCAGCCCCGCGCGGCUCCUCCUGCGGGACGUGAAGGCGCGGGACAGCGGCUACUACAGGUGCAGAGUGGACUUCAGGUACCAGCCCACCAAGACCACGCGGGUUAGCCUCCAUGUUAUAGUCCCGCCCGAGAACGUGUGGGUGCGGUCCAAGGGGCGAGCGGUGACCAGCGUCGUGGGACCCUACAUGGAAAAGGAGUACGCUACCCUCACUUGCCUUGCCGAGGGAGGCUCUCCGCCCCCCCGAGUCCUGUGGUACUUGGGGGACCAUCUCAUUGAUAGUCAAAUGGACGACGACCCAAAGGACAAUAUGCUUCGGCCGGGGCCCACCAACACGCUCAUUCAGGGGCCCCACACGAAGACCACACGCUCCAAUACGCUCACUUUGGGGCCAUUCACCCGCACUGACCUCAGGCGCCUGGUCACGUGCGAAGCCACCAACACGAACCUGACCUCACCCCUCAGCGCCGCCGUGAUGAUCGACAUGAACCUGGAGCCCCUGAGUGUUCGGCUGCUGGCACCCGAGGAGCCUCUCAGCUACGGGAGGGAGUACGAGCUGGUGUGUGACGUGAGGGGGUCGCGGCCGCCCCCGACGAUCACGUGGUGGAAGGGAACGACGCGGGUGCAAGGAGCAAGGGAGAUGACGACGAAUGAUGGUAACGUGACUACCUCGACCCUCACCCUCAAGCCGGAGCCACCUGACGACGGGACGGGUGUGACUUGCCGCGCUGAGAAUCUUGCCACCGACACCGUCCUGGAACAGUCCCUGGCGCUGGUGGUGUAUUAUGUCCCCGAGGCCGUGGCUAAGCUCGGCUCGUCCCUGCACGCCAGCAAGAUCAAGGAAGGGGACGAUGUGUAUUUUGAGUGUACCAUCCAGGCCAACCCACGGGCGUACAAAGUCACCUGGCAGCACAAUGGUCAGCCGCUCCAGCACAACAUCACGGCGGGGGUCAUCGUCAGCAACCAGAGUCUUGUCCUUCAGAGCGUCUCCAGGAAGCACGGGGGGCGGUACUCCUGCUCGGCCUCCAACAUCGAGGGGGAUGGCGUGUCCGAGGCGGUUACUCUCGACAUCAAGUACGCCCCAGUGUGCAAACAGGGGCAGAUGACGACCUACGGAGUGGCGCGAAACGAGGACGCCGAGGUGACCUGUCGAGUGGCCGCCAACCCAACAGCGUCGAGCUUCAAGUGGACGUUCAACAACACGGCGGACACCAUCGAUGUGCCCCACGGCCGCUUCACCUCGGAGCCCUCGUACAGCAUCAUCACCUACACGCCCGUCACGGAGCUCGACUAUGGCACGCUGCUCUGUUGGGCCGAGAACGCCAUCGGUAGCCAGAAGCAGCCGUGUCUCUUCCACAUCGUUCCUGCGGGCAAGCCGGACCCUCCCGCCAACUGCUCCGUGCAAAACCAGACUGCCACGGGCUUCACGGUGGCAUGUCAGGAGGGCUUCGACGGAGGCCUUCGACAGGUGUUCAUGCUUCGGGUGGCGCGUCCAGGUACCCAGGGACGCAACCUCACCGCGGGCACCCCAGUCUUCCAGGUGGGGCAGCUGGACCCGGACACCACGUACCGCCUACAGGUGUGGGCGGCAAACGACAAGGGCGUGAGUCCCACCGUCCACCUCCCCGCCUUCACCACGCACCCGCCCACGCACCAGCACACGGCGCACGUGGUGGCGGAGGUGAGGGAGGGACACAGUGACGGCGGCGAGGGUGGCGGCGGCCUUUCGACCUCUGGGGUGUCUGGCGGCGGCGGAGGCGGCUCGAGUCUACUCGGGGAAGGCGCGGGGGGCGUGCGGGCGUUGGUCUCCGUGGUGGUCGGGGCGUCCGUGGGCGUGGUGCUGCUGCUGCUUCUGCUGGUGCUGCUGCUACGGAGGCGUGCGGGUCGGCGGCAACACGACCCAUGCAAACCCUCGCCGGAGCCCACCAUCAAGUCCUCGCCCUCUCCGCCGCCAGGGAUCAAGGCUGCCCACCACCCGCCCGCCCACGCUUGUGUCCACCGAGAUAUGCAGGUGGAGAGCGAGGCGGACGUGGACCCUGACCUCAUCCCGCAGCCGCUGGUCCACGCCUCCCUCUCGCCCUCCGGUCCGCUGCUGCAGCCGCCCGCCAACUACAGCAGCGGGGGGGCCGACGCGUCCUUCCGGGAGGUGGUGGUGGCGGCGGGGGGCGGCGGUGGGGGAGGAGGGGGCGCCGUGCAUCACCAGCUCCUACCAGCCUACCCCCCACACACCCUCUCUCCCACGCCCUCUACCUCAUCCACGCACCACCACCACCAGCAACAACAGCAGCUGCAGCAACAGAAACUCCAGCAGCAGCAGCACCUUCAGCAGCACCAGCAACUCCAGCAGCACCUUUUACCACAGCAGAAACUUCAACAGCAACAGCAACAGCAGCAACAGCAGGCGUCACAACAACAGCAGCAGCAGCAGCAGCAACAACACUACCAGCAACAUCACCACCACCCUUCCAAGGACCCUCAGUACGCCCACCUCAACCUGGAGCCGGGGCGACAAGUGAGCCCCGGAGCGGUCCCGAGGUCCCGCGCGGUGCCCACUGUAUACGCCACCCUGGACACUCGGCGGCCACACUCCCACGUGACCUUUGACCUCCGGCCGUCCCACAGUCAGGCCAGUCUGGGUCAUGAGCUCGGGUACGGCGAGGACUCCAUCCACGACCUGGCGUACCAACACAUCUCGCACGACACCGGACGACCCCUGCUGGCAGACGACGCCACCUCGGGCACGGCGCUGGUGGCAAAGAGGGAGAGUUCCGUUUGAUACGUGAACGAUCCUUAUUGAGCUUCACGGAAUGACCUCCCACCCGCCGCUGGCCGCUCCCCCUCCCAGGCCCAGCACUGGACGCCUGCCGUGCCCUCCAAGUCCCGUGAAGAGGCAUCUGCCUUGUGGUCUCCCUUCCUCUUGUCGUGUCCUUUCCUAACUCCUGGAAAUGUGACGUGCCCUCCCUGCCGUGAGCCGUAAGUCCCUUCCCAGAAAAAAAACUACCGGAGACUUUUCAUCUUAAAACUGGUGGCUUGUAAGGUCCCGGCCGACCGGACCAAUGACAUUGGCUUCUUGUCGCUGCCGUGACGGGCCGACAAUCGACUUUGUAUAUCCUCCCUCGCCUUUUCGUCCUACCAGCUACUACAGCCUCCUAACACGGUGUCUAAAAGUCUCCCGCUACUACGAACUCCUCCGAUGUCGUCUCUAAGAGACUCCCAAACGGCCAUCACGGCUAAUAUGAAGGUCAUAAUGCCGCUGUAAUCACUCCCUUGGCUCCAUGAUCUAUAAGUGGCUGCUUCAAGGCUUGGGAAAGAAUGUAAAGCCUUUAGUUUCCUACGACCUGAAACAAAACAAAAAAAGUGCGGAGUGGUUACGUUUGGAAUGACGUUAGUCCAUGUUGUUUUGCGCAAUGUGUUUGAUUGAUCGAUGUUAGGGGAAAGUCAACGUUGAGGAAGUAACCGCCUUAUGCCAGCCUGUUGGCGGAAGUGAUGUGCCCCCACGCAGCGCCGCCAGUCCAUUGAUAAAAGAUCGAAGGCUUCCAGGCCAGGCGAGGGGACGCGAAGAUGUGUCGUGACGGUGGACGCCGCGCACCCACCGAACACCCAAGGCGGUAAACUCCCGCAUCGACGAACAGAAUCGGAAAUCAGCGAAGGUCCACCGAUCAAUCGUGCAUGUAAAAAUAUAAAUGACGCCUGAAGAAAGGAAAUCGACAAAAAAUCAUAAAGCUAACGAGAUACGAAAAACAAUAAUGACUGGUAGAAAAGUAAACCAAAUAAGCUUAACGCCGGACAAUAAUAAAAAAAGUAUACAAACAAGCACAAAGACAUGAGCCGAAGAAAGCCCCGCGUCCAGCAACACCUGAAAGUACGUAUUAGUGUGUGGCAAACCUCAUUAACCUGCACGGGUGAAGGACGACUUAGUGGUACACCUGUGACUUUUCCGGGAACCCUGAACACACACACACACACACACACACACACACACACACACACACACACACACACACACACACAUACACGCACAUCAAUUGGACAGGCUAAAAGAAUACGUAUCCAAAUUUUUAUCUCGGUUUCGUGUUGAGAGACAGAAGAAAGGAAUUAAUUAUGAAAGGUAAAAAUGAAAAUAGAAAAGUCGGAAGAAAGGAGGAAUAAAAAUGAAAAAGAAAGAAUAUACCGAAAGAAAAUAUGAUACAGAGCGAGUAAAAGAUUUUCUGACAGAAUUACACACACUCACGCACACACACGCACCCACACACUCACACACACACACACACACACACACACACACACACACACACACACACACACACCGCCCCCACACACAGAAGGGACACAAAUGUAAAGAGGGAGAAGAAGAGGAAGAGGAGGAGAAGAAGGAGGAGGAGGUUGGGGAAGGAGUGAGCGCCGGGCCGCUGUGGGGUGGUCACUGCUCAGAGCGGAUAUUUUUCUAUGUAAAUCAAAAGUUUUUAAUAAAUUUAUGGUGAUGUUUA